AUGCACUUCUCACUCACACUCCUCGCCCUCACGGCAGCAUUGACAAGCGUCUUCGCCCUGCCAACUGUUCCUAUUCCGGAUGACGGUUCUUGGGCUCCUGGGAAGUACGAGGGCCCCGGUACACCUUACGACAAUGGGCAGUGGACAGAAGAUAAGUACCCAACAAAGCGCGCCGAUGAUGGAGCCUGGUACCCGGGUAAAUAUGAGGGUCCUAACACACCGUACGAUGAUGGAUCUUGGAGCAAGGAGAAGUACCCAACAAAGCGCGCUGAUGAUGGAUCGUGGCAACCAGGGAAGUACGAAGGCGGCAACACCGGCUACGACAGUGGGAAGUGGGAGUAA